ACUAGUCGAAAAAGCGCCAAGUUCCACAGUAAACGGGCUUGUCAGAUUGUUUACCUUUGAUACGAAAGUGCGUAUUUUGGAUAUAUUUUUUGCGAAAAUGUAAUUUCUUCCGAAUAAAUCCAAAUAGUGAGUGGUUAAAAUGUCCGAAGUGCAGUGUGAAGGUGGUGGGGUGGCUGCCGCAAGCAGUCCAGGGAAGAAAAGCAAACUCUCUCUGAAGUUCUUCCAGAAGAAGGACACCAAACGGGCCCUGGACUUCGAGACCCCAGCGGAGGAAAACAGCGCCGCUGAACCAGAAGAGGCUACGAAUCAUGAACAGGUCGCGCUUACGUCUUGCCCUCCAAUUCCUCUAACAUGUGAGAAGCGAGAGUGCCUGGUCCCUUUUGUUGGUCUUAAUAAUUUAGGGAACACCUGCUAUCUGAACAGCAUCCUUCAGGUCUUGUAUUACUGCCCUGGUUUCAAAGAGGCCAUCAGAUCUUUAUGUGAUUUGGCUAAACUGAAAGACAAACAAGAAGAUGGUGUCAAAAAUGAGGAGAACUGUAGAGAGAACAUACCUGCUCAUAUGGAGUUGCUGGGCAGUUUCCACAGCCUCAUCUCAUCUGUGGAACAGCUACAGUCCAGCUUUCUCCUUAACCCAGAAAAAUACAGCGACGAAGAGCUGGCCACACCACCCCGCAGGCUGCUUAACACUCUCAGGCAGCUAAAUCCUAUGUACGAGGGCUACCUGCAGCACGAUGCACAGGAAGUACUGCAGUGCAUCCUUGCAAACAUCCAGGAAGCCUGUGACACCAUUAAAAAAGAUCAAGGAGACCAAAAAGAUGCCACUGAGAGCAACGGAACUGGUGAGUCCACCCACGAGGAGGACGGGAACGCUGAUGGUCAGCUGAGUGGAAAGAGAAAGAGUGACACAGAAGCGGGCAAUGCUAAAAAGAAGCCAAAGUCUCGGAGCAAGUCCAAGAAAAGCGCGGAAAGCGCGCCUAUGACCCGAUCGAAACGAAAGUCCUCCAGUGAUAUAACCACAGAGAGUUCUCUUACCGACCAGAAAGAUGCAGAUGAGCAAAGGGAAAAAGAGCAAGAGAAUGAGAGAGGGAGCACGGCAGAGGAAGAGAAGAUCGACAGUUCCCCUAAAGAGGUAGGCAAGAGGACAAGGAAAGGGAAGCUUGGCUGGUUGAAGCCAUCUGGGAAGCAGCCCAGCAUCUUCUCAAAGUUCCGCAGCAUGGGACGAAUUACUUCACAUGUUGGAGGGAAAGAGGAGAGCAAAGAGAAAUUGAACUGUAGUGCUCAAGAGAAGCAGAAGAAGGAUACAAUAAAAACUGGGAGGACAGCUCAGGAAAUUCAAGUUCUGGAAAAGAAAGAGGAGCGAUCAGGCCUAGAUGUGCUGAAGUGGAUGUUCCAGGGUCAGCUGGUGCUGCGGACACGGUGCCUGGAAUGUGAGUGUUACACAGAGAGAAGGGAGGACUUUCAAGACAUCAGCGUGCCUGUGCAGGAGGACGAGACCAGCUGCUCUGACUCCAGUUCUGAGAUUUCUCCAGAUCCCAAGCCCGAGCUGAAAACUCUGAAGUGGGCCAUUUCUCAGUUUGCCUCUGUGGAGCGAAUUGUGGGUCAGGAUAAAUAUUUCUGUGAGAACUGUCAUCACUACACAGAAGCUGAGAGAAGUCUUCUGUUUGACAAAACCCCAGAAGUUGUCACAAUCCAUUUGAAAUGCUUUGCUGCCAAUGGCUCAGAGAUGGACCCAUAUGCCGGCCUUUCUAAGGUGAACACGCCUCUGCAGACUCCUCUUAGACUCUCACUUCACGAGUGGUGCAUUCAACCCGAUUCUCCAGACCAGAGCCAUCAGUACGAGCUCUUUGCUGUGGUCAUGCACAGCGGAGUAACUAUCAGCAGCGGCCAUUAUACCACUUACAUCCGUAUGAUGGAUCUCCAUCAAACCAAUCUCAAGCCGCAGCCUCAGGAUGAAGAAAAUGAGCAAGAGGAAACUAAACAUCAGAAGACAGAUGAGGUACCUCAGACUGACUAUGAUGAUGGAGAGGUGUCUUUUAGCUUGUCUGGCAGGGGAAAAAACGUGACAAACCGGGCCAGCGUCACGAGGAUGUCCAGCAAAGCAGGCAGCAAGAGGUGCUCAGAGGGUGUUGGGCUCCUAGGAGGACAGAGGAGCAUCACCAGUUACGAGUUAGGCAACAGCAAGCAGACCAAUCCUGAUAAGGCUUCCAGCUUGACCAGUCGUGCCUCCAGUACUGUACUUCAGAACGCUGGAGUGAAGAAAGAAAUGGAGGAAGAGGGAGUUGAUGCUUUGGGUGAGGGGACUCAGGUAAGCUUUGACUCGGCUCUGCGGAACCUUUUGGACUUUGAGGGAAAGUGGAUGUUGUUUGAUGACUCUGAAGUGAGACUAUUUGAAGAGGAGUACUUUCUCCGAGCUUGUUCCUCCGAGACGUGCUCCACCUCUACACCAUACCUGCUCUUCUACAAAAGAGUCUCUCAGCCAUAACAGGCCAUUGGAUAUGGACAGGAAUUGUGGCAUUACACUGGUCCAUUCAGAUCUGUGGUUUUACUGUUAGGAUGUAGACAAUAAAGUAUUUUUGCUGAUUAUUAGACAAGUUAGGAUAUUACGUAUGCUUGUGUAACAGAUGUCAGUCAGUGUAAAAGCAGAGCAAAGCUGCGUUUGUUACCAUUUAUAUAUGUAUGAGUUUUGUCUCACUAUUUUUGUACUUUACUCCAUGUAUGUUGUGCUUUUCCUCACGCAAACGCACCUUGGCACUUACUGUAGUGCAUGUGACAGAUUUUUCUGUACAUUCAACCAUUCCUUUCAGAUGACUCUGAAUGGCACAAAAUGAUCUUGUGCAUUCAUGAUUUUUAAAACCAAUUAAUUUUUGAUUGUGUGAGUUUUUUCUUGAAGUUUAAAUUCAAAUGUUUGACCCUUUUUUCUGACUAAUAGGUCACUUUCACUUCACUUUUUUGGAAUAUAUUAAUUUGGAAACCCAAAAUUUAAACAUGGUUGUCACAUUUUGGGUGUCACAUGGCAAAGACAAUGCUGUAGUGUUGAAAUCAGAUUUUUUGUUUGCAAACACUGCAUUACAUGUACUCUGUACUUCAGCAGUUAAGCUUAACCAAUUUUCAAAGUAUAAUUGACUAUAUGAGCACAGGAAUAAAGCAACUUAUCUUUCUAGUUUCUAUAAAUCAUACCUCAUUCCAGUCAAAGAAGCUUUUUUGCCUUUUCCACAUGUAAGCAGGUUUGGGUUUCUGCUAAUACAGUUAGAUCUGAUAGCAAUAAAACAUUCUUGGAAAUUAUUGGGAACAUUACUAUAGUCUGUCUGAGGACAGAGGUAUUAGUUUAUAUGUAAAAAAAACUAUUUUAUUUCAUAUUUGGCUGUGUAGAUUAUUUACCACAUUAAAACACCAGCAUAUAAAA